CGGGUAUCUAUCUAUACUCCUCCAUAUAGCUGUUUCUGACCAGAUAGGCCCUCCCACCGUUCCGAUCUUUGGCAAUGAAUUGCAGAUUCCAAAAGCACACGCUCAUUUUCAGUAUCUCAUCUUCAUCAUCCUACUCUGGUAAGUACUAACAUGGCCAGAUUCAUGAAAUGGGCCCACGAAUACGGCGGCAUCUUCUCGCUGAAACGCUUCAAAAACACCACCAUCGUCAUCAGCGACCGCAAACUCAUCAAAGAGCUCGUCGACAAAAAGAGUAAUGUGUAUUCUCACCGUCCCGCUUCCCUCGUCUCCCAUCUAAUCACUCACUCGGACCAUCUGCUGGUGAUGCAAUACGGCGACACCUGGCGCAUGCUCCGCAAGAUCGUGCACCAGUUCUUCAUGGAGCCGAACUGCGAAAAGGAGCACUGGAAGGUGCAGGAGGCGGAGGCGAGCCAGAUGCUGUAUGACUUUUUGACGUCCCCGGGUGAUCACAUGUUGCAUCCGAAACGGUACAGUAAUAGCAUUACCAACUCGUUGGUGUUUGGGAUUCGGUCCAAGACGGUGCGAGACGAGUAUAUGGAGAAGCUGUUUGCGCUGAUGGAGAAGUGGUCGUUGGUUCAGGAGUUGGGGGCGACGCCUCCAGUGGAUGAUUUCAAGCUGCUACGCAUGCUCCCGCAGUGGAUGCUGGGUAACUGGCGCAAUCGGGCUCUGGAGGUGGAAAACCUCAUGCAGUCGCUCUACUCGACCGUGCUGAAUCAGGUCCGAGACCGCCGCACAAAGGGCGUCUACCGCGACUCCUUCAUGGAUCGAGUAUUGGAUAAGUUGGAAAAGACGCCUCUGUCGGAGAGUCAGUUGCGGUUUUUGGGGGGCGUGCUGAUGGAGGGGGGGUCUGAUACUUCGUCGUCGUUGAUUCUGACUGUUAUUCAGGCUUUGACUAAGUUUCCUGCGGUGCAGGCUAGGGCACAUGCUGAAAUCGACCGAGUGGUUGGGAGUGAGAGAUCGCCAGGAUGGGCCGACUUUGCUGAGCUGCCGUAUAUCAACUGCAUGAUCAAAGAGGCCCAUCGCUGGCGACCAGUCAGUCCAUUAGGCGUUCCGCACGCGGUGGCACAGGGUAAGCAUCUUAUUGAUAUUGACAUCUAUCAUACUGACUGGAAAGACGACUAUCUCAAUGGAAUGCUCCUCCCCAAAGGCUCCACCAUCGUCCUCAACGUCUGGGCCAUCCACCACGACCCCUCCAUCUAUCCCAACCCCGAACGCUACGAACCGUCUCGAUUCGAAGAAUAUCCCUCCUUAGCCCCGACCUACGCUGCCUCCGGAGCAGAGCAUCGCGACCAUUACGGCUACGGAGCCGGCCGCCGCAUCUGUCCCGGCAUCCACCUCGCCGAACGAAACUUGUUUAUCGCCAUCGCCAAGCUCCUCUGGGCCUUCGAGUUCACCCAGCCAACCGGGAGCAGCAGCGAUAUCGAUCCUGAAUCCGGGGCGAGCCAGGGGUUUCUGCAUUGCCCCAAGGACUAUGGGUGUGGAGUGCGGUUGCGGUCGCCGGAGAAGGGGGAGACGAUCGUGAGGGAGUUUCGGGAGGCAAGGGAGGUGUUUGAGCGAUUUGAUUAGCUGUCUGGAUCUGUUUUGGGCGUUUGUCUGUCUUGUUUGGGUUGUUUUUCUGGUUUUUUCUGUUUUGGGCUGCUUUGAAUCGGAGAAUUGGAUUAGAAUUAGAGUUAAUGUUGGUCUGAUGGUGGAUGGCAUUGUUGGAUUCUCCAUGGAGAUUCGGAGUUUCUUAAUCGGGAAGUAUCUGGAACUCCGAAUAUCCUCACUUUCGCC